AUGGCGCCCUCACACAAGCGCAAGUCGCUCCCCGACGACGAUUUCAUCCACACCAUCUCCGACAACGACGAGCCCGAUAUUGUCGAAGAAGACAUCGACACUGCCCCUACGACUGCGUCCGCACGUCCGUCAAAAAAGGCCAAGACAGCCUCCUCCUCCUCCGCCGCGGCGGCAUCUAAGAAGGACGGCAAGGGGAAGAACAAGAAGAAUAAGAACAAGAAUAAGAAGGGGAAGAAACAACCCGAUUCUGACGAGGACGAGGGGGGUGAUGAUGAUGCGGAGGAGGCAGAGACUACUGGUCUGUGGGGCGGGGCCAAUGAUGCCGAUGAUGGCGCGAUGGAUUCGGAUUUUGAGUUUGGCGGGGAUGGGGUCAAUGGGGGCGGGUUUGAUGAGGCGGAGUUUGAGGGGUGGGGGUUUGAGGGCGCGAAGAAGGGGAUAAAUGGGGCUGGGGUGAAUGGGGGGGCGGCGAAGAGUGGUGUGGACUUGGAUGAGAUUAUUAGGCGGCGGAGGGAGAGUAAGAAGGGUGGGGAGGGGAUGGAGGAUGUGGUGGAGGAAGAGGGGGAUGACAUGGAGGUGGAGGAUGUGGGCGAUGUGGAUUUGGACGAUGAAGUGUUGGCUGAUGAUGCGUUUGGCAUGGGGGCUGGGUCAGAUGUGGACGAGGAAGGGGAGAAGGGGAGGGGGGAAGAUGAGGAGAUGGGAGAAGAGGAAGGGAGUGCCGAAGAGGAUAAUGAAGACGAUGAGGAUGAUGCGGCUUCGGAUAAUGACUCGGUUGCGACGCCAGUACAACAUCCCGAUGAUGACGAGGAAGGGUCGGAAGACGAUGAUGAAGAAGAUGCCGAGGAAGAGGCCAGACGGAAGGAGUUCUUCGCCUCGCCGGAGGAGACGGAGAAGAGCAGCGGCGGCAAGAAGGGCGACAUGUCGUCCUUCCAGGCCAUGUCACUGUCGCGUCCGAUUCUUCGGGGGUUGACCUCGGUCGGCUUCACGAAACCGACUCCGAUCCAGGCCAAGACGAUCCCCAUUGCGCUGAUGGGUAAAGACGUCGUCGGUGGCGCCGUUACUGGUUCUGGAAAGACGGCUGCGUUUGUGGUGCCCAUCCUGGAACGUCUCCUGUACCGCCCCAAGAAGGUUCCGACGACGCGGGUUGUGGUGCUGACUCCGACUCGUGAACUCGCGAUCCAGUGCCACUCGGUGGCAACCAAGCUGGCGGGCCACACCGACAUCAAGUUCUGUUUGGCCGUGGGUGGUCUCAGUCUCAAAGUCCAAGAGGCGGAGCUGCGUCUGCGUCCUGACGUGGUGAUUGCCACGCCCGGCCGUUUUAUUGAUCACAUGCGUAACUCGGCAAGCUUUGCGGUCGACACGAUUGAGAUCCUCGUGCUGGAUGAAGCCGACCGGAUGUUGGAGGACGGGUUCGCGGAUGAAUUGAACGAAAUCUUGACGACCCUGCCCAAGUCGCGCCAGACGAUGCUUUUCUCGGCUACGAUGACCUCGACAGUCGACAAGCUGAUUCGGGUUGGCCUGAACAAGCCGGCCCGGAUCAUGGUGGAUUCACAAAAGAAGACGGCGGUUACGCUUGCUCAGGAGUUUGUCCGGCUGCGUCCGGGCCGCGAGGAGAAGCGCAUGGGUUAUCUGGUACAUAUCUGCAAGACGUUCUACCACGAACGCGUGAUUAUUUUCUUCCGGCAAAAGAAGAUUGCGCAUCGGACUCGCAUCAUAUUUGGCUUACUAGGGCUGUCGUGCGCCGAAUUGCACGGUAGCAUGAACCAGGCACAGCGUAUUGCUAGUGUAGAAUCGUUCAGGGAUGGCAAAGUCAACUACCUCCUAGCGACUGAUCUUGCGUCGCGUGGUUUGGAUAUCAAGGGCGUGGAUACCGUGAUCAACUACGAAGCGCCGCAAUCGCUCGAGAUCUAUGUCCACCGUGUCGGUCGUACGGCUCGUGCCGGGCGCAGCGGUGUGGCCGUCACAUUGGCAGCCGAGCCAGACCGCAAGGUCGUCAAAGCAGCGGUCAGGUCUGGAAAGGCUCAAGGCGCAAAGAUCAUCAGCCGUAUCAUCGACGCUAAGGACGCCGAUAAGUGGCAGGAUCAGAUCGAUGAGAUGGAUGAUGAGAUUGAUGAAGUGCUGCAGGAAGAGAAGGAGGAGAAGCAGCUAGCGCAGGUGGAGAUGCAAGUCAAGAAGGGCGAGAACCUGAUCAAGCAUGAAGAAGAGAUCCACGCGCGGCCGAAACGGACCUGGUUCGAGACGCAAGACGACAAAAAGAAGGCCAAGGAACUCGGGCGAACGGAACUCAAUGGCGUCCGGGAGGCAAUGAAGAAGAAGGGCGCGGGCAGGUUAAGUAACAAGGACAAGAAGAAGCUGGACUCGAAGGCAGAGCGCAGUGAAAGCCAAUCGUCGGGGUGGAAGAAGGGACGGCAAGAGAGAGAUGGAAAGGGAGCGGUGCUUAAUUUGAAGAAAGUUAAGAAGCCUAGGGGGAAACCCACGAACGGAUACGAUUCUCCCCAAACAACCACCCUGGCUCCCUUCAAGCCACCACCGGCCAAACUACCCCCCCGUCCCGCGACCGUCGGGGGUAGCAGACCACCAGUAGUACCACCACGAACCCUCCCACCUCGUCUUUUACCACCCCACCUCCGAGCCCGGCUGUUCGCACACCCGCACCCACACCAUCGCUCGUCUCUCUUUGGAUAUCUCCUCCCACCCGCCCUACGGGCUGGCUACCGCGAGCGUCUGCUACGGCUGCGCUGGGACAUUCUACCGCGGUACAAGCGGCGGGUGCAGAGCCGGAUUUACGCGUUUCUGGUCGAGCGACAGCAGCAGAAACAGCAGCGGAAGAGGCGUCUCGCUGGUGGGCUGUCGGUCGCGAGCUCGUGCUCCGGGAAACCGGGCGAGGGCGGACAGGAUAAGGGCGUGGGGAAGAGUUCGAGUGCGCAUGCGCUAGACGGACCGCGUGGCGCGGGGGUAACAACACGGGGGAGAAAGAAGAUGCAGAGCCAGUAUAGCGGGAGCAGUGGUUAUGGGUAUGGAUACGGGGCGUACGGUACGGGAGUGGGCGGUGGCGGUGCGGGGGACGGUGGUGUAGAACGCGGGUCGAGACGGAGGAAACUGGCUGCUGUCGCGGGCAGCGUGUACCGGGCUGGCGUGGCUGCGGCGAGCGAGCUGAAGGAGCAGUACAACAACACGCGGAUUCGUGGGGUGGUGGAUAUGUCGAGCUCACAGGUGUCGAUUCCCGGGGCGUUCCCGAACGUGUCGAUUGUUACGCAGGGGGGGGAACAGAUGGUGUUGUUCCCGACGUACGCCAAGCGGCAUGUGCGGGAGUAUGACCCCCGCGGCAGCGAUGGUGGUAACGCGGGGGCACAUUCGUUCCAGGUAGCGAACGCGGCGCAGAUGGGCAUGACGGAAGAGGAGUACUGGAAGCAGGAGUGGGCGCGGGCGGAGGAUGAGAAGGCCGUGGUGGACGUGGACGUGAGGGGUUGGAUAUACAUGCCCAGUAAGGGUCCCAUGACACGGAGGAACCGCAUGCUGAUCGGUCUGGCGCGGCGGCUGAGUGGCAUCCCGGCGCCUACUGUGCAGUCGGAGCCCUCGGCGAGUUCGUUGGAGCAGUAUGAGGAUGUCAAGGAAGAGCAGCGGAUCGCGCGCGAGGCCCGGGAAAUUGAGAAGCGAGGGCAGGAUGAGAAGGAAAUAGCGAGUAAGGGAGGAUACAGCGAGCCGCCAUCUGACUCGAGGGGCAGUAGUCACACGCAUACGCCGGUAUCAUCAUCGGCACCCCCCUCGCCGACCCUCCCGCCUAGGACCACGACGAUGACGCAGUCGGAUAUGACCGAUGCCGAGCUCUCUGUGGCCAACGCCAAUCUCAUGGCGCGCUUGGGGCCGUUCAUGACGACGCCCUUGGUGCAGAUCCCCAUCACCAUCUUUUUCUACAACAACGAGCAGUCGCGUUCACAUACGGUCACGACGGAUGACUCGGGCCACUUCAACACUCGUGUCGCCCUCGAGUUCGUGCCCACCAACGUCAAGGUUCUCGCCAACGAGAACAUCUCGACGGUCAACACUGUUGAAAUCACCGAGUCUCGGGGUGUUAGCCUGAUCAGCGACGUCGACGACACCAUCAAGCAGUCCAACAUCUCCAUGGGCACACGCGAGAUCUUCAGGAAUGCGCUGGUGCGCGACCUGGCCGAUCUCACGGUGGACGGUGUCAAAGAAUGGUACAACAAGAUGUAUGAGAUGGGCGUCAAGGUGCAUUACUGCUCCAACAGCCCAUGGCAGAUGUAUCCUGUGCUGGCGACGUUCUUCCAUAUGGCUGGUCUGCCUCAGGGGUCGAUGCAUCUUAAACACUACAGUGGCAUGUUGCAGGGUAUUUUUGAGCCGGUUGCCGAGAGGAAGAAGGGCACGCUGGAGGCGAUCAUCAGGGACUUUCCGGAAAGGAGGUUUUUACUGGUGGGCGACAGCGGCGAGGCGGAUCUGGAAGUGUACACCGAGCUUGCUGUCGCAAAUCCGGGCCGGAUUCUGGCUGUCUUCAUUCGCGAUGUGACGACUACAGACCAGGCGGGGUUCUUUGACUCUUCGUAUAACAUCGAAUCAUCCCAGCGGACCAGACAAGCUACACCGAGGCCCCGACCCGGGACUCAACCAAGCUUGGAUGACCCAAGCAGAAGGCCACAGCUUCCUCCCCGAGCAACCGCUCCACCCGCAAAUACCGGCCCGGCCAUGGGCACGCUAAUAGAUUUCGACGAGCCCCCGGCCGGGUCAGCUGCCCACACAACAGAAUCCCGCAGCUCAUCGAAUCAAGAUCUCUGGGAUCUAAACGGGCCUCCCACCCCAGACACCCCCAGUCAACCGCGGAAGGCCCCUCCUCCACGCCCGAUCAAGCCACAUGCGCUGCGGAGUUCGCCAUCCAUGACGAGCCUAGCCAGUUCCAAAAGUACCCCAACAGCGGUCGAUGCAAGUCUAGGACUCCCCCUUCGGCCACGGACAUCUGCCGGGACCGGAAGCCCCGCUGUGCACACACCCACAACUUCCACAACUCCCAGGGGGACACCCCCUCCGCCACCUCCUCCUCGUCGCCGCGGAACAGCUCCGUUGGGACAGCACCAGCAACAACCGCAACAAGCGUCACAACGGCCGCGCACGAGUGGUAACCUCUACCCUGCAGAUGUACCCGAGAUGGAUCCCCCUUUACCAGCCCUCCCUGGCAACGGAUACGGUUAUUCCCCUAGCCUGGGUAGCGGAACAGGAACAGCAAUUCCACCUACUGCUGGUAGUGGUGGGCCGCCCUCUGCUGCGGUGAUCAAUAAAAAGGCGGAAUUAUGGCUGCGACGGUUGGAGAGGGCACAUGAAUUGUUGGAUAGGCAGGGCGUGAAGCUGUAUACAUGGAGACGCGGGGAGGAUGUGAUUGCUGAGGCGGAAGGGAUUGUGAAGGAGGCGUUGAGGGAGGGGGGUGCGGGUAGGAGGAAGUAA